GUCUGCUGCCGCCUCUCCUGCCCCCCACCAAACAUUAACGUGAACUAGCUAACUAUCACAGCUACUUCAGUCGAUAGUUUUGAUAGAUUCCGUCAGGAAUAGAAAAAUGGCUUUUGUUUCACACAGUCAGAGGGAUACAAACGGAAGUUACACCUUCUCUAGUCGACCCAGACCUGUAGAGACCCGCUCCAAAUACCGAGAACCCCCAUCUGAACGGACAAACUGUAACUAUGGAAAUAUUAUGUAUGACCGUCGCGUUGUCAGAGGAAACACAUACGCUCAACACAUCAUACCAACUACGGCUCAGCCAGACCCUGUUGAAGCACAAAGACAACGGGAGAUUAGGAGGAGAGCCAUUGCUCGAAAACGAGCCAGGGAGCAGUUGAAACCCAGGACUCCAGAGGCCGUGCAGGGCAGGACACACAUUGAUGUACAAACAGAGCUUUAUCUCGAAGAAUUGAGUGACAUUAUAGUGGCUACAGAUAUCGAGAGCCAGACUGAUGCCUUCCUGGACAAACCAGCAACCCCGCUCUUCAUACCUGCCAAAUCUGGCAAAGAUGUUGAAACCCAAAUAGAGGAAGGAGAGCUGUUUGACUUUGACAGGGAGGUGCAGCCGUUGUUGGACGUCCUGGUGGGUAAGACGAUAGAGCAGUCUCUAGUGGAGGUGAUGGAGGAGGAGGAGCUCGCCUGCCUGAGGGCCCAGCAGAGGGCUUUCGAAGAGCUCCGAAAUAAUGAGCUGGCAGAGGUGCGGCGGCUUCAAGAGCAGGAGAGACGCCACAGCGAGGAAAAGGGGCGCAGAGUUGCCCAGCAGAGGGAAGUGUUGAAGAAAGAAAGAGAGACUGCAGAGAAGAUUGCUGCCCGGGCGUACACCCAGCAGUACUUGGCUGACCUCCUCCCUGCAGUCUUCACCUCACUGAGCAGCCACGGUUACUUUUACGACCCCGUGGAGAAAGAUAUUGAGACUAAUUUCCUCCCGUGGCUGAUGGCAGAGGUGAACAACAGUUUGGAAAAGAGAUACACAGCAAGAGCACUGCUGGACACGAUCAUACAUGAUGUGGCCCAGAAGAGACUGGACAGGUUCAAAUAGAAGGAAACACACUGAUAAGGACUCACAGGGAAAAUUUAAGGGCAUGAGUGCAUUCUUGAAAAUAAAAUGUCUUUUUUCACUGACUAAUCCAUGAU